AUGCAGCGGAAAACGACGCGUCGUGGUCCCCAUUUAGAAACUUUAUCGAGCGAGGAAGAGAGACGGGAGCGUGCAGGAGGUCUCGGUCCCCUGGCGUCUUCCUUCCUGGGCGUGGUGCUGACGCUGAGCGCCAUAACCGUCGGCCUGUCGGUGCUGCGCUACCGACGCAACAACCGCGAUGCCCUCGGUGGCGUAGGUCGCGGUUCGUGGAACACCUGCCAGUCGCAGUUGUGCCUGGCCCACUUCCGCAGGCUCAGGGACUCGCUGAACCGCAGCACUGCACCCUGUGAGGACUUCUACCGCUUCGCUUGCGGCUCUUGGCAGCCGCGUGUCAGCGCGGCGCAAACAGCUCUUCGCGACCUCCUGGACGUAGCGCAGCUAGACGUCAUCCGGUACCUCGAAGCACCCGCCACGUCACCGAUGUCGUCGCACGAUCAGGGCGGGACGGCGACCAUAUUUCCCAACGGCAGGGCAGGAGCACUGCAGACCGGUCGUCCGGGACAAGAACGCAAUCGUGCAGAACGCGCGUACCACUUCUGCCUGCAGCGGGGCGGGGACGCCGCGGCUGACGUCGUGAUGCUAAGGGAGUUCCUCGCGAACCGGUCGCUGUCGUGGCCCGAGAGGGCGACGUCGGCUCCCGCGGCGCAUCAGCCUUUGGACGUCCUUCUAGACCUCGAGCUCAACUGGAACCUCGGCCUGUGGUUCUCGAUACGAAUCUCGCCUCCUUCCGCCCCAGCCGCACCCGGAAGCAAGGUCGCCCGCCGUCUCUUGAGAAUCGGCCACGGCAUCGUCUCCAGCGGCUGGAAAAAGGCGCUCGACGCCGCGGUGUCUCGCAGGGAGUACAAGUCCCGCGUGCGUCGCUUUUACGACGCCCUACGAACCAACAACUUCGUCCCCAUCAGCGACAAGGACGUCGAGGAGCUGCGCCGCGACGAGUCGGCCAUCGCCGGCGCACUGUCCGACGCGGCAAACGGCGGCCAGAGCGAGAUGGCGUUCCCGCUGAAGCAAAUUCAUAAACUGGCCACGCCUCACCUGACCACAGGCCAGUGGCUGACGCUGCUCAACUGGCACCUGAGGAAGCUCAACGGCAUCAGGCUGACCGAUGCGGACAGUGUGCUCGCUACCAACGUCAGGUUGCUGCAGGCCGUCGACAAUCUUCUGGGCGUUCUGUCCGCCGACACGGUGCUUUACCAGUUGGGCUGGUGCCUGGUGCAGCUUCUCGGGUGGAUGGCGGACCCGGCGCUACCGGGUCGACCCGUCGCGAUGACUCAGUCGCCGGCCGAGACCCGCCGCGCCGACUGUUUCUGGGCGACGCAGAGGGCCUUCGGUCUCGCCUUCUUGUCCGGCUACGUGGUCGUCAACUACCCGGCGUCCGUGCGCUCCGCUGUGGACGGUAUUCUCAUGACCGUCACCCAGACGGCCAUCGACCUGUUCGUCAAGUCUCCCUGGAUAGACCGCGAGAGCCGAGCGGCAGCCGUCGAGAAGCUGCGUCGCGUUAACGUCACCCUGUGGCCACCGGAAGCAUACCUCAACGGAUCCGCGGUGGACCAAGUCUUGAAGCACUUCCCAGAACCCGGCGGCGACGGCGUCACCAUGCUUCGCUACUGGCUUGGUGCCUUCGAAGGGCGCCGGUCGCUGAUGGGAACGAAGAACCGGCAAACGGGAACCGAAGAGGACGCCUUCUUAUUCUAUUCCGAAGACACGCAAUCUCAGCAGCGGGCCCUCUUCAGGUACCACUAUUUCCCGAACAUGCUGGCAGUCUCGCUGCACGGUCUGCGCAGCCCGCUUUUCGUCGAGGGUGGAGGCCGUGCCGUCAACAUGGGCGCCUUGGGAGCCCAGUACGCCGCCGCCCUGUCUAGGGCGUUCGACCCCCGUGGCGUACUCCUCGACGGUCGCGGUUUGACUUCCGGUCUCUGGUGGGGCAAGGAAUCAUACCGGGAGUACGAGCGAAGGACGGCGUGCCGCGCGGCAGGCGCCGACAGAGUCGAGUCCUUCUUCGAAGGUCUCGCGGCCGUCGAGGUAGCGUACGCGGCCUUUAACGCGACGCGAUCGAUAAGCGACGGCAACAACAGGCGAGGACUGCUCAAGCGGCGGCCUCAGACCUUCUUAGGACUCUCGGAAGACCAGGCCUUUUUCGUGUCCUUCUGCCAGGCGUCGUGCGCCCGCGAGCCUACGGACAGGCAGCGGUUGGCCUGCACUCUGCCGCUGAAGAACUUUCGAGCGUUCGCCGCGGCAUUCACUUGUCCCGUCGCGUCGGCCAUGAACCCCGCGACGCGUUGCCGCUUCUUCGAAGGGACAGGGCCAGAGCCUGUCGCCGUCCCGGCGACCUCCGUGCGGCCGUCGACGACGCGUCGUAGAUUCAGGGCCGACAGCGACGACCCAUUAUCGCUGCAGCCAACGCCUUUCGGACGGCAUAUGUUCUGA